AUGAUACAAGUAUCAGGAAAUCAAGAAAACGAAACUGAAAACGAAAACAAAAGAAAAGGUAAAGAAAUCGAUAGUGAUAGUUAUAAACAAAAUGCAAGCAUCGAAUUCAAACGUCAUAAAAAACUAAGUGGUGGAACUAAUAAUGAUGAUAACAAAGCCGUCGAUGCAACCCCACAAAAUCAAAGGCCACUCAAGGUCAAUAUUAUUCGUUUAUUGUGGCAAAAUAUAUUGAACGUGAGAUACAUUAGAGUCAAAUUAUUGAUGUUUAUGUUGUUGUUUAUUUUCGGAGGUUAUUACUAUUUUAAUCAUAAUUCGGGCGAACAGACAUUUGAUCAUUUUGCGGAUUUACCGACUAAAAAAAUUCAUAAGGGAACAUGGCUGAUGGCCCAACAACGUAUUAUCUUGAAUGAUCUUGCCUCAUUACUUAAGAAAAAUGAUGUGGUUCCGGGAGUUGGAGACAUCCUUUCGGAUAAGCUCAAAGAUCUAGCAAAAGAAAUGAAAGAAUUUGGUGAGACGAUAGCUGAUUUUCAUUACGACGCGUUGAAAUUCUUUAAAUCAAUAGACCACGAAAUGGCGAAAAUCGAUGAAAUUUUAUCGAAAAAGAUAUCAAGUCAAAAUGCGGUCAUCUAUAUAAAACAAAGCUUAAAUUCUUUAGAAUCAAAGGUUCACGAAUUUCAACCAAAGUUAAAGAAAGUCAUUGUUUCUUCGAACCUAAUAGAAAAAGCUGCUUCGAAUACCAACGAGGAUUUGGCUGAUGGAGAAAAAGAAGCGGAUCUGGCAAUCAAAAAGCAUUGGAUUGGCGAGAUAAAUGAUUACAAAAACCGAAUCCAAUCAGAAAAUGUGUUAAGACAAAUACAUUUUGUCAUGGAUUCUCUCAAAACAUUGUCUCACAAACUCGUUGUAGUUGACCUAUACUUAAACACAUAUAAAAGAAAUUUACAAGACGUUAAGACAGAAUUGGAUUUGGCGCGUGCGAAUAAGGAACCAACUAAAGCACGAUUUAUUGAUUUGAAGGAUUCGAUCCGAGAUCUAAAAGAAGGUCAUCAGACGAUGUUUGAUUCAAAUAACAAAAUACAAGGGAAACCAUCAUCAAACUAUGAUGAUCACCCGCUUUUAGACAAUAAAAAUGGAUACAAGGAGAAAAAUAGAGAUUGCACAGAAUUCAAAGCCUGGAUCGACCGCUCUAAGGAUCCUAAGGGCCACCUAUUCAAAAAAUCCUAUCUAAAAAAACUUCGCAUUUGGUAUUCGGACGUGAUCCAUGCAAUCGCAUUCUUUUAUGACGAUGAUUCUGUAGACAUUUACGGGGUACCUGGUGACGUUACUCCACAUGAUUUCGAUUGGAAUCAGGGUGAACGAGUCAAAUAUUUAUGGAUGGCGUUUGGAAGCGUAAUCCAGGGAUUAGAAAUUGAGACCACUUCCGGAAGAAAGAGCGGAUGGAUUGGAAGUGGUCAAGAUAGGAAAUAUAAAGUUUAUUCAACUUAUGGAUCGAUUGUUGGGUUCCAUGGCUCGUUCUCGAGCAAUCUCUGUAGUCUGGGUAUUUUGGUCAUAUGA